AUGUACCUCUCGGUCUGUAUGUGCAUGUUCAUCUCGGUGGCUGGCCGGCACUGGGGAUCAAACCUGGUACCUCCUGUAGCUGAAGCGGACACGCUCUUGCAAUGCCACAGCUGCGAAAUCGCGGGCAAACAAAUGUGCAAGUCCGAAGAAUGUCACUCAAGAGGUGCUGCGAUGGUUCGAUCCAUUGACUUCAGCGUCAAUCCAUGCGAUGAUUUCUAUUCCUUCGCCUGCGGAGGUCUAUACAAUUCGCCCAACAAGAACGAUCCUUCUCUGUAUCCUUUACCAAGAAUGUCGGCAAAAAUUCAAGAAAAUGUCAAUGAGAUCAGCGAAGAGGAGGAGAUAGAGGCAGUGAAGGCGGGACUUGCCAUCAGAGGCUUCAAGUCGUGGCCUCUGAUGUUCGACAACACCACGGAAUCACACUUUGGAAACGUCACAGACGUGCUCCUUAAUAUAGGAAUAUGUAAUGUUCUGAAAUGUACUGUGAACGCGGACCCAGAUGAUGCCAGCAUAAGCCGCCUGAUGCUAGAAGUGGACACCACUGCAAACUACGAUGUUUGCAUGAAAGCACUGCUCCAUGAAUUCCUGGAAACCAAUGAAACUGCUUACUUGGAAUCCUUCUUAACGAUGAUAACGAAGAUUAUGGUACCGGACCUACCUGAAGAAGAGCGCACAAAAAUCGUUGAAGACAUGGCCGUUUUCUCAGUGAAGGAGAUGAAGUUUCUCAAAAGCAUGAUGAAGGGUACAGAAAAUCUAAAUACAACCACACUAAUGGCAACUAUUGGACAGUUUGAGGACAUGUUAGAUCAGUUCCCUCUACUAAGUGUUUUGAACAGCCAGUUUCGUCGCUGGAACAUAACCUUCAAUGGGACCGAAGAAAUAAUCAUCAAGAAAAUUGGAAUGGUGAAAGAAGUGCUGAAGUUUUAUACAGACAAUGAUCCAGACGUCAUUUUCAAUCAUUUCGGCGUUAAAGAAGCCGCCAGACUUCUGCGAUACUCCUCGAAGGAGUACCUAAACAACACGGUGGAACUGUGCGACGGAGUGGAGACGGACCGGGAGCGUUUCUGCAUUGCUCUCUUGAGGUCGAAAGCGCGGCACAUCGUGAGCAAGUGGUACGGCCUACGUUACCUGGGAACGCACGCGAGAAUGCAGGCUCGGUAUCUCCUCAGCUAUAUUGGCGAAGCGUUCGACCGUCAGCUUAAACGUGUGCCAUGGAUGGAUGAGGGUACGAAGAAGGAAGCGAGAAUGAAGCUGCGCAAGAUGGUGCCCCGGGUCGGUUAUCCGCUUCAGUAUCUGAACAACAGCUUCAUGGAAUCAUUGUACAGCCGAUGCAAAGUAAGUGUCCCAAGGCUACAAGCAGCACCAUAUGCUGAACAAGACCUCCUUAGUGAAGCGUGGGAGGCUGCGAUUUCCCAGCCGGACUUGGUCGAGCAGCGUCAACUCGUCGCUCGAGCCCGGCGGGCUGUCCAGGCCAGAGGGUUUCUGAAAUAA